AAAGCUCCCUUCCUUUUUCAUCCAACCCCUCCUCCCACCAUCAUUCCACCUCAUUUUUCUCACCUCGCAAACACCCAACAAAAAGAGCAGUCUUGCACCCUGCCUUUCAUCAUUCCUUACAGCCACAAAGCUCAUCUCACCCAAGCAAGAGGAAGGACCAUGAAGGCCACAGUACUUGAACCACCUCCUAAAGAUGGGAGAAGAGAAGUUCAUGAAGACAGAGCUAAUAAAACUGCAAGUGGCUACCUGAACAAUUUGGAGCUGAGGCUUGGCAUGUCACUAGUGAAUGGUCAGGAAGUUGGUGACGGGAAACGUGGCAGUUGUGCAGGUGGAACGAUCCCAAGGUAUAUCACCACCCAAGAUGGAAUCAUGCAACACCAGAAGAAUAGACACAGUCUUGGAGGAGCCAAGAGGUGUUUCUCUGAUACCACAGGUGGUUUUGUCGACCCAUGGAGUCUGGCAGCUCGGCAAGAGACAGCAGCUUUAGAGCAAGCUCACCAAAAGCUCAGUCCUUUUGCAAUCUCAAGAUCCACACAUCCUCCACAAGUGGUGGGCUGGCCUCCAGUCUGUUCAUUUCGAAAGAACUUGGGGAAUCAAAACCAAUCAAAUUCUACGAGGAGCUCAGAGGCAAAUCCAGAGAAAAUAAAGGUAGCAAAAGAUGAGAAAAUGAACAAUGAACUGCAAGAGAGACCCACAAUGUUUGUAAAGGUGAACAUGGAAGGUUGCACAGUGGGCAGGAAGAUUGACCUAAAACUCCACAAUGGCUAUGACUCACUCUCUCGUGCUCUUCAGAAGAUGUUCCAUAAUUUGUUCUCUGCUAAUUACUUGAACAAUCCAAAGCAAGAUGAAAAAGAAGAGGUUCUUUCUCCAAGUUAUAUUCUUCUUUAUGAAGACAGUGAAGGUGACCGGAUGCUUGUUGGUGAUGUGCCUUGGGAGUUGUUCAUCCAUUCGGUGAAGAGAUUAUAUAUAACACUUGAUCCUAGAGCACACAAAUGUGGUUGAUUACAUUCGGGACCUAUGAAGGAUACAGAAGAAUGAAGAGGUAUCAACUUGCUUAGUUGAAGAUAUGAUGAAGAAAAAGAGUUGAUUCAAUGAAAAUAUUUCAGAAUUUCAGUGUGGCGAUGUUGCCGCACAAUCUAAAACUAGAUUUCCACUUGAGGUGAUUGGAAGGUUGCUUAUCUUGGCAGUGUAACAUAUAUGGUUGUGUGAUAAAUAAUCUCAAGAACAAUGAGUUAUUUAUUGUGUUCUAUAGUUUAGAAUCUAUGAUUAUUUUGGAAAUUUUUGUGACUA